AUGGUUCAGUUAAAACAAGUAUCCCUGCGAUUAAAAUCUAUCAAGAACAUUCAGAAAAUUACCAAAACCAUGAAAAUGGUGUCAGCCAGCAAAUUUACCAAAGCUGAACGGGAGUUAAAAGCGGCGAGGCCCUUCGGCUACGGCCCUCGAAAGUUCUACGAGUCCAGCCAACUGGUCAAAGGGCCCGUCGAUAAGAUGCCAGAUGACAAGGCUGUGGAGCCAGAUGUGAAGCAUGAAGAAGUUAAAACAGAAGACUCUAAGGCGAAGAGGAUCUACGUUGCAAUGACGUCUGAUCGAGGGCUCUGCGGCGGCGUGCACAGCGGCGUGUCCCGGCGCAUUCGCAGGGAGAUGGCGGCGCGCAAGGCGGACGGCGCCACGCACAAGCUGGUCUGUGUGGGGGAGAAGUCGCGCGGGAUGCUGCGCAGGACCUUCUCGGAGAAUAUGCUCAUUAAUAUUAGAGAUAUAGGCCGCAUAUCACCAGUGUUCGCUGACGCUUCUGUGAUGGCCGCGGCGAUAGCAGACUCGGGCUAUAUGUACGAAUUCGGUGAAAUAUUCUACAACAAAUACUUCACACCCGUCAAGUAUGAACUGACGGUUAUUCCCUUCUUUAAUAAGUUUAAAAUCGAGAGUGCGCCAAACAUGAACGCGUUCGACGACGUCGAUGCUGACCAACUAGAGUGUUACGCAGAAUGGACGCUAGCCGCGCUCCUGUACUACGCGCUGAAGGAGGGCGCGGCCUCCGAGCAGUCCGCCCGCAUGGCCGCUAUGGACAACGCCACCAAGAACGCAGAAGAGAUGAUGCGCAAGCUGACGCUACUGUUCAAUAGGACGAGGCAAGCUGUGAUUACGAGAGAACUGAUCGAGAUCAUCUCGGGAGCGGCUGCUCUUAAAUAAUUCACGUAAGAAGGAAUGAUAGAAAAGUUUUGACUUAGAGGCGCAAUUGGAGCCUUUUAUCUUUAUAGCAAGGAAUUGUCUAUUGAACAUGUUUAAAAUAAUUUUUUUUAUUCCCGACUUGAACUGCAUUUUCAAUUUCAAUAAAGCAAAUAACGUGAAGCCGGUCGCAUGAUGUAAAUAUUACUAUUAAAGGAAAUGUAUUCCUUCGAUCAAUUAACAGUCGCAGGCCGCAGCAGUAAUAGGAAUGCCUAUUCAUGAUUUAGUAUGUAUUGCAAUACCUACCAGCUCGAUCUUGUGUAUAUUGCACUACACAAGCACAACUGUAGGUAAUCGUCGAACUUGGACGUUGUUUGCACUUGCCAUAUUAUUAGCAGCAUACUGCAUAGGUAAGCUAUAUGCUAUUGUUAUAAUUAUGAGCAGUUAUUUGUGGUCAUGAAAUAAAACGGUUAUU